UCGCUACAUUUUGAUGUUGCACGGGGGCCCCCGCAGAGGUCCCAGCUCGGUUGCCCUCACGGAUCAACGAUUCAAAUUUCAAAGUCCAAAAAAGAGCAUGUACAACUUACAUGAAUAUGUAGAACUUACUACAGUAAAUGGACGACCAUUUUCAUUGAUUGACGAUUCUGGAUUUCGAAAAAGUGUGGAUCCCAUCUUAAAAGCUCUUCCAGCAGGUGAAAGGCUGUUUUUAAAUUCGGAAAAUGUUCUAAGCUCGGUCCUAUAUGCAGCGGACGACAUUUGGAAUCAGAUUGAGACUGAAUUGAAAAUCUUAAUUCUUAAGCGAGAAUUUUCAAUUUAA